UUACCAGCAGAGCAGGCUUGUUUAUAGAGAGAGAAACGGAGAGAGAGGUUUUGGUUCUAUUCAACCACUCUUAAUUUGAAGUCAAAAUCCAAACUUCAAACCUUUGUUUCCUGAGAGUUUCUGAGAUCUGCCAUUCGACAACGCGAGGGAAUGACCAUGGAUGUUCUUCAGCUGCAGAGGCAGCUGCGCGAGCUUCAAGCUUCAAUGCAUCAGGAGGGAUUUAUCGACGAUCAGUUCACACAGCUUCAAAGGCUGCAAGAUGACAGCAGUCCUGAUUUUGUGAAAGAGGUCGUGACGAUGUACUUUGAUGAUUCUGAAAAACUCAUCGACAACAUGAAAAAGAUUCUAACUCAAGCACCUGUUGAUUUCAAACAAGUAGAUGCACAUGUUCAUCAAUUCAAGGGAAGCAGUGCCAGCAUUGGAGCUGCGAGAAUUAAAAACAUCUGCAUGAAGUUCAGAAAUUGCUGCGAGAAUCAGGACCACGAGGGGUGA